ACAGGUUUUGAUAAUGCCAAACCGCCGUGAUCAAGUCGAACAUUGAAUAUACAAGGCGAAGAACGAAGAUAAGAGCAAGAGCUAAACGAAGACCAAGAACGAAGACCUUAAUCAUAGUAUUGAGUCGGUCUUUAUUGUGAUCAAGACCGACCCAAUCGUUACACUUUGGCUCUUUAGGCUAAAAACUCUCAUUGCAUUUCUUACAUCAUAAAAAUGAAAAUAAUAUACUCUCUGCGGCGAUGGGGUGUUUCUUCAGCUGCUUCCGCGUUAGCCGCGGCAGAGGCGAUUCUCCUGCCGCUGAUCGAUCCCUUUACAGAACCGUCUCCCAACCUGAAGUGCACUGCAAUUGGAGUCAGUUUUCUUCUUUAUUCAUUUCGACGGACGAGAAAGGAUCAAUAUGGCGUGGUCGCGUGGAAGCCAUGGCAAUGGAGAAACAUGACAAUAGCCUUUGUGCUAUUCUCUCUCUCGUCUCAACUAAGCGUCGCUGCAAAACCCUAGCAGCCCGCCUCCCUCUCUCUUUCGGCCGAAAAGCUUCAGACCGCCGGUCUCUCUCACCGGCAACCCACGGCGGCUCACCCUCUCCCUCGGCGUCCCUCUCUCUCCCUCGGCAGUCUCCUCCUCUCCUCAGCAAGGCCACCAUGUCCCAGAAAACACCCGUCACCGGCGCACCAUCAUCGUCACCGACUCCCCACUUGGCCUUCACGACCAUCUCCAACGUGAAGCUCCAUGUUCUGAUCCUUCUCAGCUUCUCCGAGCCCAACUACAAAAAGUGGAGCCGGCUCUUUCUUCUUCUCAUCCGCCGGUUCUCUCUAAGUGAUUUUCUCACCGGCAAGUCUACUCCGUCUAGCGCCGACGACUCCGAGUGGUUUCAACUCGACGCCCUCAUUCAAGGAUGGAUCCUAUCUACGGUGAAUGACGAAGUUUGUGAUCUUGUCCUCUCCACCACCAAUUCGGCUUCGGAGUUAUGGCAAACGAUCUACAAUCUCUUCCACGACAACAAGGCGGCCCGAGCUAUGCAACUUGAGCACCAAUUCCGCACUACAACGAAGGGCUCACUCUCCAUGACCGUCUAUUGCCAAACCCUACGGAAUCUAGCCGAUUGGUUGGACGAUGUCGAUGCCACCGUCUCCGAACAACAACUGGUUCUACAAGUCCUUCGUGGUCUUCCGGAUGAUCUUCGGGGCCAAACGUCCUUUCUCCAGUACCAAACGCCGCCCCCGACUUUCCUUCAAACCCGCUCGGCACUACUUUUAAUUGAACAACAACAAGCAGAUUUGGGGGUUGGCGGCAUCGGAGGGGACGGUGGGACAGACCUGUACUCGGGCAGUGGCAGCUCCAGCAGUGGCGGCCCCUGGCGCUAUGGCAGCGCUGGAGGGGGCCAUGCAGAUUCCAGCGGCGGGGGCAGUUCUGGACAGCCACAGCACCACCGGCAGCGUGGUGCACAACAGCGGGGUCGUGGUCGCGGCCGAAGCUCCGGGUCAAAUGCACGUCACACCCACGGGCAGCCCUCUGGAGAGUUCACCCACCCAAAUUCUACCCCAGGCCUUCUCGGGCCACGCCCUAACCCCCACCCGCACAGCCCCUACCCUCAAGCCUACUUCACCACCCCCUACUCCCAUGCCGAAACAGGCCCCUACGGAAUAUUUUUGAAUCCUUGGGCAUUCUUUUUCGUUUCUCCUGUCCCCACACUAAAGAAGAAGCCCGCCGGAGCAGAAGCCCAGCGACUCAACUCCGUCGCGCAGCCCGGCGCCCCGCCACCUCUUCUUCCACUUUUAUCAAAACCACAGAAAAGGAUGAUGAUCUUAAAGUUGGCACUGGCAGUUGUCUUGGCCUCCGGACUUGCUGCAAUUCUUAUAUUUAUGACUGGUCUAUCGGAUUUCAAUUCAGCAUUCCAUCUUUCCCGCGAGGAUUCGGAAGCCUUAGAGUCUCUUCAGAAGGGGUUCCAGAAAUGUGUGAGUGUAAAUGGAUUAGGUUUACAAGCUGAAAUGGGAAGUAAUUUUUGUGAGAUCACACUAAGGUUUCCUAGAGAAACUGUCCCAAUGUGGUCCGAGUCCGAGCGCGUUGCUGAGGGCUCUGUCACCGGCCCCGCGCAGGAGAGCGACUCCCGCUCGCCCUCCGUCGAGGAGAUAGCCGAGGCGGUUGAGGUCCCUCUUCAGUCCGAGCCUCGUAACCAGAGGCGGACCAUUCUCGAGGACUCGGGGAUCCGAGCGCAAAGGUGCACCCUUACUCGGGAGGAGUACCGCAAGGCGAAGCGCCUAGCCUCGGCGCCGGGCGUUACCGUGCGCCGUCCCACUUCCGAACAGUCAGUCUUUGAUGCUCCUCCGGGUUGCUUCGCCAUCCACCUCAAGUCCCUUGAGUACGGGUUCCGCUUCCCCCUCCAUCAGUUAGUCAUAGAUUUUUUCCUCCAUUUUGAUUUUCUCCCUUGCCAAGUCGUGCCCAAAUCCCACCGUUACCUGGCGGGAUUUCUUAUUCGUUGUCAAGGGACCGGGGUUCGCCCCGAUCUGGCUCACUUCUUGUUACUCUUCCGGUUGGCGAAGUCAUCUGGCCGGGCGAACUCCGACUCGGGCUCGUAUGCCUCCAUAUUCCAGAGACAGGAGAAGCUCUUCAGGACGAGGAAGGACUCUGCCAAGAGCUGGAAAGGGAAAUUCGUCUUCGUUUCUCUUUCCUCGGGUUCCCCCUUUCGUAAAGAACCCCUCAGCUCCUUUCGCCGUCGCUCCGCGUGCGUCACCUCGGACAAGAUGCUUGAGGACGUAGAGACGCUCUGCCGAGGGGGGCCCUUCGAAGUCGGUUCGAUAGUAACGAACGAUGCUUUAGCGGCACUCGGCUUCGUCUUCCUAUCCCCGGAUGAUACUCAGCGGAGCAUCGAAGAAGGCCCCUCAGGUGAAAUCAUGCUCUCCAGCGCCGAGCGACUAAAGCUCAUGACGGCCCCUAGCGGCAACUCCCGGGUUCCUACCGUGGCUGGUCGUCCUCCGACUCCCCCCGACGUCGACCGGGAAACUCUGGCCUCGGAUAUGUUUCACGAGAUGGGCUCGGCGAUGAUGCGCAUGGUCGACAUGAGCCAGCGGCUGCGCACUAGCGAGGCCGACCGAAGCAGGGCUUAUGUUGAAAUAGCUGACCUCAACGAGGCGCUAAAGGCGGCCAAGGAGCAAGCUCGCCAGGCCGAGGAGCGGGCCCAGCAGCUCGCGGAGGAGGCUGCUCGCAAGGCGCGCCAGGAGGCUCGCGAUCAGGCCACUCCUGAGGGGAAGGCAUUCGCUCGCUCCGAAGGGACGUCGUGGUACAACCUCGGUUUGUUCCGAGCGCAGCAGGUCCUUUCGGACAGGUUCCUCGCCGGGGAGGACUUCCCCGAGCCAUGCGGCAAUCCUGAUGAGCUCGACACUUCCAUCUACUACACGAAUGGCAGGAACCCAGCCGGCGAGCAGCCGAAUGCCGAUGAGAUGCGAGGAGAGACGCUCUCCUUCGGCAGCUACUCCCUCGGGGGCUCUUCUGCUGUUCCGACCAAGUCGGGGCCGAGCUCGACCCCGCUGCGCUCUCUGCGGGACUCUUGGGACUCGGACUCUGAGUCCGAGUCGGUACACCACGAUCCUUCUGCCAAGAUCCCGGGGUUCAUCUACUAUUCGUCGGAGGAGGACAAGAAGACCCCAUCUCCGCCAGUUCCGCCGGUCCGUCGUGAGGUCGUCGCCCCUCCGGUUCCUGCCGGCCGCGGUGGCCGAGGCCGCCGCCCUCCAGCUCCUCCCGCAGCGGUUCCGAGCGAGAGCUUUGUGGCAUCCCACCAUCCGAGCCGGUGCUUCCUUGAAGACCCAGGCUCGCCCAGCUAUGACGAGUCUACCGGGCACUCCGUCGUCAGUCGGGCUCCUUCACUUUCCUACCCCCCGCCUUGCCCAUGCGAGCGUGGGUGGAACUGUGGCAUGCAUUGAAGUUAACUCUUGCUUUAAUCAUUGUAAUGUGUUUAAUUAUUGUAAGGCGUUUGUGCCAUGCACUUGCCCGUUUUCCGAGAUGAAUAAAAUUUGGAUGUGAUU